GUCACGACACGGCCGAAAGAUAAACAAAGCGGAGUUCGCAGCAAACGUUUUUACAUUGUCUUCCCAGUGCGUGGUACCGUGGCAAGGUUUUCCAGCAAGGUGUCUACUAAUUGGAUGUGAGUGUGUGUGUGUGUGUGUGAAGCUUGUUUGACAGAAAGUACAGUGUGUGAUAUAAACAGAUUAUUCAUGCUCUACAAAACGUUACGAGAAUAAAAAGCGCACGCUUCCAGAGUCACAAAGUCUUUGCUGCAAAUAACGAAGCCAAAAUGCCACCGAAGAAAUUAGCCGAACCAGAAAUUAAGCCUUUGAUCGGACGCAUCGGUACGAACCUUCGGAUCGGCAUCGUCGGCGUACCGAACGUGGGCAAAUCGACGUUCUUCAACGUGCUGACGAAGAGUGCCGCACCAGCAGAAAAUUUCCCUUUCUGCACGAUCGACCCUAACGAGAGCAGAGUUCCGGUGCCCGAUGCUAGAUUUGAUUAUCUGUGCGAAUAUCAUAAGCCAGCAAGCAAGGUGCCAGCCUACCUGAAUGUGGUCGAUAUCGCCGGUCUGGUGAAAGGUGCUGCCGAAGGACAAGGUCUCGGAAAUGCAUUCCUGUCGCACAUCAACGCGUGCGAUGCGAUUUUCCACCUGUGCCGUGCGUUUGAAGAUCCGGACGUAACACACGUGGAGGGCGAGGUCGAUCCGGUGCGCGAUCUGUCCAUCAUCAGCGAGGAGCUGCGUUUGAAGGAUGAGGAAAAGCUGAUGAUUAACCUGGACAAGCUAGAGAAGCUUGUCACGCGCGGAGGUGACAAGAAAAGCAAACCGGAAUAUGAAACACUGCUGAAAAUCAAGGACGUGCUGACGGAGGAAAAGAAACACAUCCGAUUCGCCGACUGGAGCGCACACGACAUCGAGGUGCUGAACAAAUAUCUCUUCCUCACCUCCAAACCGUGCAUCUAUCUGGUGAACCUGUCCGACAAGGACUUUAUCCGGAAGAAGAACAAGUGGCUGCCGAAGAUUAAGGAGUGGGUCGACAAGAACGAUCCGGGCGCACCGAUCAUCCCGUUUUCCGGCGCGUACGAGCAUCAGCUGGCCGAGCUGGAAACGGACGCGGACCGCAAAGCGUACGAGGAGGAGCACAAGUGUGGUUCGGUGCUGGACAAAAUUAUCACCACCGGCUACAAGGCGCUCCAGCUCGAAUACUUCUUCACGGCCGGCCCGGACGAGGUGAAGGCGUGGACGAUCCAGAAGGCAACGAAAGCGCCGCAGGCGGCCGGCCGCAUCCAUACCGACUUUGAGAAGGGUUUCAUCAUGGCGGAGGUGAUGCAUUACGCUGACUUUAAGGAGGAGGGCAGCGAGGCGGCGGCAAAGGCCGCCGGCAAGUAUCGGCAGCAGGGUCGUAACUACGUCGUUGAGGAUGGUGAUAUCAUCUUCUUCAAGUUUAAUGCCGGCGCGGGACUGAAGGAUGCGAAGAAGAAGUGAUAUCGUCAGGCGGUCACCACCAUCAUCGUCGCACUGCUCUACAUCAACAUGAUAUUCUAUGCACACCUGUUUCUGCCCCAGCUCAGCUAUUAAUUGGUGAACGUAGUGCGCGCACCUUGCAGCAAAACCCAACACGUUUGAGAUUUUCGUACAGCUUGUGUAACACUGUCGCGACGCGGCUGAUGAAGGAAAAACUAAAAAAAAGCUGAAGCAACGAUGGAUAGCGCGUGAAGAGCCAUGGUCUUAUUUAUCGGUUUAAUAAAUUUUGAGCGCAAAGCAUGGAAUAAUUCGUAUCUCCGAAAACAGUAAGCAACUAACAACAAAUUGAGUCCGGAAAAUAAACGCGUUUAUUAUCGAACA